AUGGCGGACCAGUUGACAUAUCUCUUUGGCGUUUACAGCCCUUGGUCUCAGGACCUCUGGACUGCUUCUGACGACCGUGUCCGAGGCGGCUCCAGCAUCUCCAACCUAACAAUCUGCGAACCCCCUUCGCAGGCCAUCUUCUACGGGACCCUCGACACUAAGACGCUCGGCGGCGCUGGCUUCGCCUCUCAGCGCACAAAGGGCGACCUUUCCCUCGACCUCUCCCAGACGGAGGGUCUGCAGCUGGACCUAGGCGCGGGCAACUCGGAGCAGACGUUCACUUUCACCGUCAAGGAUACGAUUCCUGAGAGGAGGGAGGAUGGACGUGAUGAGGCCGGUGUCAGCUGGGAGGUGGACUUUGAGCCGCCUGCUGAGGGAGGAAUCAUUGUCAAGAAGUGGGAUGAGUUUAGGGCUACGUAUCGAGGCAGGGACCUUGAUGAUCCGAAGCCCUUGGACUUGGGGGAUAUCAAGAGGAUUUCGCUCAUGAUGCGAAGCUUCUUUGACCAGCAGGAUGGCGAUUUCAAGCUCGUCGUCAACUCGAUCGCGGCUAUCAACAAGACCUGUGACGGGGAUGAGAGUGACGACGAGGAUUUGAGAAAGCCAGCGAAGCGGGAUGAGACGGAGGCGCGUCCUUGGUGGAAGCUGCUGUUCUGCGGGCUGUUGUAG